AUCUGAAGAUCUUCACCUGUUCAAGCUCCAGAAUAGAAAAUUCCUUUUGGUCUUAUAUGACUCAACAUCUAUCUUGAUCGCAUAGACUAGCCUAGCCUUUUUCUCUUGACGGAAGCAAUAGCCCUUGAAUUAAAAUAAGCAUUUUGAAGAGUCAUCUAAUUAUUCCGUUGUAACUCUUAGAAGUUGCUCCCGGGAUACUUUUACAAGGUUAAAAUAGACCCUUGGGAGGAUAGACUUUGAGCUAGAAGUUGUGAUUGGUCAUGCCACUAUCCCAGAUUCCCUUAUUGGUCAAGUCACGUGGCUGUGAGUAAUAUUGGUGGGGUGGACGUGCUGAUAGGUUAUCGAAAAUCCGAGAAAUCUUGCCCCACGCACAAAUCAUUCAAAAACUCCAUACGCUCAUCGAACCCCCAACUUUCAGCGACGGGAUACCAUUAGAUACAUUCGACAAAAAUACCGCCAAUAUGAGACCUAUUCUAUUGUCAGGCCAUGAACGGGCCUUGACCCAAAUUAAAUUCAACCCCGAUGGCGAUCUCCUCUUCUCCGUAGCCAAGGACCAACAUAUCUGCGUAUGGUACUCCCACAACGGCGAGCGACUCGGCACAUACAAGGGCCACCAAGGUGCGAUCUGGACCGUAGACGUAGACCCGACAUCGACCUUCAUCGCGAGCGGUAGCGCCGACAACACCAUCCGUCUAUGGGAGAUCAAGACCGGCCGCUGCCUGAAGGCCUGGGACUUCCCGACUGCCGUCAAGCGUGUCGAGUUCAGCGACGACGGACGCCAACUCCUGGGUGUAACCGAGAAGCGUAUGGGUCAUCUAGGAACUAUCGUGGUUCUAGAUAUCGAGCUUGAUGUCGAUGCCGAACAGAGCGACGAGCGCGCCCUGACUAUCGUGUGCGAUGAGAGCAAGGCUACAGUUGCGGGAUGGAGUUAUCUGAACAAGUACAUUAUUGCAGGACAUGAAGACGGUUCCGUAUCGCAAUAUGACGCCAAGACUGGAGAGCAACUCGACAACGUCCCCGUCCACGAGCUCAACAUGCAAGUAACAGACCUCCAAUGGUCGCCCGACCGUACCUACUUCAUCACAGCCUCCAAGGAUAAGACCGCCCGACUAAUCGCCGCGCGCGACCUCGAGCCCUUAAAGACCUACCCUACCGACACCCCCCUUAACAGCGCGUGCAUCACACCGAAGAAGGACUACGUUAUCCUAGGUGGUGGACAGGCCGCUAUGGAUGUCACGACGACCGCAGCUCGCCAAGGAAAGUUCGAGGCGCGAUUCUACCACAAGAUCUUUGAGGACGAGAUCGGUCGUGUACGAGGUCACUUCGGUCCUUUGAACACGGUAGCAGCAGACCCGACCGGCAAGGGCUACGCGAGCGGCGGAGAAGACGGUUACGUCCGAAUUCACCACUUCGACAAGGGAUAUUUCGAUUUCAAGUACGAGGUGGAGCGAGAACGCGAGAACCGACUAUAGAUUCAUAUUCCGAGCCUAUAGCGAUUUUCGUGCUACCCCAGCCUCCUCCUACUUCCCCCGCUUCCCCUCCAAAAUCCCAUCGCGAAAGUAUUUCGAUGCUAGGAUACCAUAGGAGGGAAAAGAGAGAAGGGAAAUAAAAGAAAGAUUCCGGCGUUGUGUCUAGUUAUGAUUCGUUCCGUUCCUCGCAGUUAAGACAACUUGCAUCCGGGAAAAAAAGGGCAUCGGCGUUUUUUGAGGGUUAAUUCACAUCAUCUAUUGCACUUUUUUGUUCGAUAGCUAGGCAGGCAGGUAGGCAGGAAAGAGAAAGAACGAAUCCCAGGAUUAGGUAGGAGAAAGCGACCAGUCAAGUUGCUUAUAAUCAACAUACCUGAUUUUGUAAAAUGUUUUUCCUAGUGUUUACAAGCGUUAUUCAUGACUGAUAAUCAUCGCAGCGAAUAUACGUAUGUCGAAACCAUCUCGUGGACAUGCACAGAAGUUGCGAU